AUGAAUGAACUCCACCCGCACGGCCACUUCGAAGAGCAUGGGUGGACCCUCCAUGUGGACGGUUCCUCAAACUGCCAGGGGAGCGGGGCAGGAGUGAUUCUAGAGGGACCGAAAGGGAUAACUUUGGAACAAUCUUUGCGUUUCCGAUUCAAAGCUUCGAACAAUCAAGCUGAAUAUGAAGCUUUGCUGGCUGGAUUGAGGUUGGCCGAGGACAUGGGUGCAUCGAGAACCAAGUGUCGAACCGACUCUAAGGUGGUGGCCGAACAAAAGGGUGGUAAUUUCCAAGUAAAAGACCACAACAUGAUGAAAUACUACCAUGCCUACCAAAAGUUGAAGGCGAACUUUCAAGAGGUGUUGGUUGAGCACAUCCCACGCGAGGAUAAUACACGAGUCGAUCAAUUGGCUAGACUGGCCACAACCUAG